AUGUUAAAAUCUCUUUUAGCAGCCAUGUUAGCAGCUCGGAAGAUUUCAUCAGCAUGUUUUAGCAAGAAUUUAAGCCGUAAAUAUCACAAGUUGUGCAGGCCAUUAAAGUACUGUCACAGAAUAAAUAAGAGUUCGUCGCUUCACAGCAAUCUUGAUCGUUUCCAAGCAGCGAUCGAGCCUCAUAUCCUGGGUGUUUUGAUAGGACGUCAUACAUUCUCCACAUCAGCUGAUCGUUCGGCUUACAACAAGCUGCCAUGGAAAGAUAGGUAUUUGAUGGUGUAUUGUAACCACGAGAUCAUAGCUCUUUAUAAAUUCUUUUAACAGUAGUGGUUCCUAAGGUGAACUUCUAACAUCUCCUAUACAAUAUAUAGGCAUGUAUCGACAGUUUUGGCGAUUUGUGGCAUGAUUCGCCGAAUCGGCUACUAUGCCUGUGCUCUGCAAUUAUGCAACAAACAGUACAAAAUUUUAAGUUAUUUUAUUUCAUAUUACUCACUGAAUAAAGCCUUUUUUUACGGUGACCAAAGUAUUAUCAAAGGUUACAAAAUGGUGUCUUAAAGAAAGGUUGAUCUAGGGGUGCUAGACUCUCUCUUUAAGUCCUCCUAUUACCCCAUGCCAACCCCCCCCCCCCCUACUCCUGCUACGAGCAGCUAACAGGCUUUUGUUCUGCUUAUGCACAUAUAAGCAGCAUUCUCAGAAAUAGUAGAGACAUGGAUAGUGGAAAUUAUGUAAUUUUUUUGCAAAUCUGAGGAAAUGUGCACCUACCCCUCCCCUAACCCAACAUUAAUGCUAACUUGUAGUCAGUUGACUAUUUUUAGGUUAAGGGAAGGGUUGGUGUGCAUUUGCUCCAUUUUAAUUUCUGGUUUAUAACCAGAUCAGUGUUAUUUUGGUCAUUACAUGUAGGUGGCUCGAUAACUAGCACUUAAGAUUUAUCCUGAACCAUUCUUUUGCCUCCUUCCCACCUCCCUCAACCCUUUAACCCCAAGAUCAAAUUUUUAAUUCUCCUAACUGUCAACCAUACAAUUCUUAUAAUGAUAGUACAGAGAAUUUAGUAUUGGAUCAACUAAUUAUCCCCAAAUUGAUAUAUUUUUCUUUUUUCUCAUCACUUAUCUGGUUGAUAUUGUAUUGAUACUGUAAGGAGAAAUUCUGUCCUGGUCACUCAUGGGAGUUAAAGGGUUAAUAAGUUUUAUAAAAGGCAAACACAAGUAGACUAGCUUUAAAAAAUUAAAAGCUGAAUAUUCCAUUGCAAUGUGCAAAAUAAAGUUCCUGUGUGUGAUUUUCAACUCGUUUGAAAUGUACAUGUAGUCAGGUACUUUUUGUUCCAAGCAAAUGAUGAACAUCUCUAUAUAAAGAAAACAAUUCAGCUGAGAUCAGUAUAACAUUUAUAACAUUUGGAACUUUUUCAGGGCCAUAACCUAUAUGCAUAUAGUGUAUUUUGGAAAUCAGUAAAACUUUUGAAUAUUCCCUAUUUAUGAGUAUUUUAUGUAUGUUGUCUCAACACUAACAGUUAUUUCUUUUAGAGAAAAAGAUUUUGAGGAAAGUCAUUUAGUUUUGUUUCCAAGAAGAUACAAUAAAUCUCAGAAUUCUAACAACCAAGGUGCAAGGUAAGUGAUCAUCCAUGAAUGUAUUAUGCAGUUUACAAGUGAAAUUGAUCAUUUAAUUAGGUAUUUUAUACCUUAAUAUGGGAAUUAAAUUAAACAGGCUCUUCCAUAACUGUCUGCUUAAUUUUACUACAAGGUGCUGGGUAAACAUGAGUGUGCUUGAUACUGGUGUCGCUGUCUUUCUUUAAUUUUUCUAAUGAACCAUCAUUUUCAACUGGCAUUUGCUUUUUUCGGAUUGCAGCGAUCAGUCCUCAGAAGGAGCCAGUGGCCACGGAAGUGAUGAUGGAGAUGGAGGGGACAAAAAAGAUGAUGGGGCUGAGGUGGUGAUUGAAGAUAAGACCGAGGCUAAGGUUGACCCUGCGGCAGGGGCCUUGGCACAGGUCCAUGUUCCUGAUGUGUUUCCUGAGGUGCCACUUUUACCGAUUCACAGAAACCCAGUUUUUCCACGAUUUGUUAAAAUGAUGGAGGUUUGUCUUUUUAUAUCACUGCAUCAUGUCUCUUGUGUUGUUCUCCUUUGAGUUACACCUUCCUACCUUUUUUCUGAUUAGCAGCUCAAAUCUUAUGACCACAUGUGACUUUUCAUGUUUUGUUUUUCUUUUCUUCAAACAGUUUUACCAGCAAAAUUGGAUAAUAUAUUAAUUAAAUUGUUUAGCACAUGAGUACAUGUAGUUUUCUGUGGUUAGUCAGGAUAAAAAUGCAACUAUCCACUUAAUUGUAGCAAAAUUUACUAAGUCUGUAUUUAUUUUACAAUGUUAGUAGCACUCUCAUAUGUAGCAGCAUAUGUGUACUUUUACAUUUGUUAUUACACAAUAAUGUGAAACUGAUUUUCACUCUCAGUAUCUUUGAGUAUUACUUUAGGAUUGAGUGAAAGAAUCUCUAUUCUUACAUCCGAAAUGUCACUUAAAUACCAUUGCCCUCACUGUUCUUCAACAGAUCACAGACAAGUCCCUGAUGGAAUUAAUCAGAGUAAAAUCAAGACUUGCACAGCCCUAUGCAGGUGCUUUUCUUAAAAAGGAUGACAGGUAAAGUUUGAAAAUUCAUGAAAACUUCAACUUGGGAGGCAAAUUGAAUAUAUGCCUGUUUAUAAGUGUAAGUUGCUGAUAUUAUACUGUGUUGUAUGUUGUUGAUAUCAUCUGCCUCUGGAGUAAAACUAUAAUUAUAUUAUAUGCCUUCAGAGGAUGCUUCAUUUACAUUUUACAUACUUUACUAUAAUGAAUGUAUUAUAUUUGUAGUAAUGAGGCAGAAACAGUAACCAGUUUAGAUGACAUCUACCAAGUGGGUGCAUUCGUGCAAAUUACAGAGCUCUAUGACAUGGGAGACAAAAUAAGAAUGGUUGUUCUAGGACAUAGAAGGUUGGUGCAAUUUCAGCUUCCUUAAAGUUCUUUUGAUUCAUGUUUAAUGUACAAUGAACAUUUACCAAGUGCCAUCUACACUCUGUCUCUGGAAAGCUUUAUUAACUGCAUGUAUCUAUUUUUUUUUUUUUUUAAUUUCAGGAUUAAAAUCACUGGAAUCUUUGAUUAUCCCUCUCACAGUGAAGAACAGUCUGCUGACACUACUGUCAUUACAGAGGGAUCUCUUGACCCCACCCUACAACAAGGGGAUGCUCCUAGCAAACCCAUCCUGAUGGUCUCUGUAGAAAAUGUGCUUCAUGAGCCUUUUAAAGUUACUGAGGAAGUCAAGGUACAGGAUACUAGAAAUGAAAGAUAAAAAUCAUUUUUCCUCAUUGCAUCUUCCCGCUUCUUUGUUUGUGGGUCUAGAUAGCAGGAACAGCAAUGCUGAAGGUGGUGGAAACAACACUGACUUUGCACCUGUUGUCUGUUCCUUUCCAUGGCACCUAAUGCCACAUUUUGGUUGAGUUUUUUGUCAGUUCAUUGCCUUGCCCUGAAUAUUUUUCUGCCUGGACUCUGAAUUCCUUCUCUCUUAAACACUAGCACUCCAGUCCUAAAUUUUCCCAUGGGAUUAGUAGGUGAAGAACAAACCAUAAGUGAGGUUUUGCAAAACUCAAGAUUAGACAGUCAUCUAUUUUUUUUGUUUUUUUUUUUUUUUGUUUAGGCACCCUUACUGUGUAAAAAUUUAGAUACUGUUCUUUUCAGUUUAAGACUUUCAACCACAUUGUCUGUUUUAAUGUUGAAUCAACAGGCACUGACUGCAGAGGUCAUCAAGACCAUACGUGAUAUUAUUUCAUUGAAUCCUUUAUACAAAGAGUUUUUGGCACAGCUUGUUGAGGGUGGCAAAAGAGUGGCAGAUAAUCCUGUCCAUUUGGCUGAUUUUGGUAGGGAGGCUGCAGGAUUUUAUUGAAGUUUAGGUUGCUUUGUUGUAAAUUUGUUGAAGAGAAUGCAAUUUUUUUAUGUUAAUCUCAGGUGCUGCACUCACUAGCGCUGAAACUGCACUCCUGCAGGAAGUUUAUGAAGAGACAAAAGUUCCAGUGCGAUUACGCCUCACCCUUGAACUGCUCAAGAAAGAACUUGCCAUCUGCCUUUUGCAACAACAGCUUGGGAAAGAGGUGAAGUAAACUAUGAAUUUUUAGGCAACCAAGUCAACUUAAGUUUGCAUGUAAGUUAAGGGAAUAUUGUCAAACACAUUUGAUCAUCUUACAGGGAAACCCCAUGCAGAAAAUGUAUAAAAUGAACACCUUGGCUACCACAUAAAGAUUAUUUACCACAAAAUUUGGGUCUAUUAUCAUCACUAGAAUUUGGAUUGGGAAUUUUUUUCCCCAUCCAUUGAGUAAGAAGUUUUCCUCACCAAACUGUUAGAAGUGGGCAUGUUCGUUUUACAGGUGGAAGAAAAAGUUAACAAGCAACAGAAGAAAUACUUGCUUCAAGAACAACUUAAAAUCAUAAAAAGAGAACUUGGCUUAGAGAAGGAAGACAAAGAAGCAGUUGGUGAGAAGUUCAGGAAUAGAAUCAAGGAUCUUAAUGUUCCCAAACAUGCUGAAGAAGUUAUUGAAGAAGAACUGUCUAAACUGGCCUAUCUUGAUGCUCAUUCUUCAGAAUUCAAGUAAGUUAAAUUAAGAAUUAAUGGUUUUCAAUAAGAACUAACAGCUUGUGAAAAUCACUAGCUAAUAUCCAUGUCUUUUUUGCCAACAGUACUGUGAUUGCUCAAUUAUUCAAAACAAAUCUGGCAGAGUUCUGAGUUAUUCCAUUCAUAGUGAUUUGUUUCCUUUUUGCUCUGAUCAUUGAAUCACAACACUGUUUUUGCUGAGAAAGUUGUGGUUCAAACUCAAUUCUUAUUUUUUUUUGGUUUGUUCUUUGUUAUUAGUGUAACACGAAAUUAUUUGGAUUGGUUAACAAGUAUCCCUUGGGGAAUUCACAGUCAGGAGAACUUCAAUAUUAGUCAGGCACGAGAAGUUUUGGAUGAAGAUCAUUAUGGGCUGCAGGAUAUUAAGGACAGAAUAUUGGUACGAUAAUUAUGGUGAAAUGACGUGAUGGUAGCACUUAAGCACAAUUUCUGUUGCUUUCUUGAGUCUGUCUCAAGGGUUUUUUUUUUUUUUUUUUUUGUAGGAGUUCAUUGCUGUAAGCCAGUUGAAUGCAACUGUUCAGGGAAAAAUCCUUUGUUUUACAGGCCCACCAGGUACAGUUUAACUGUAGCAGCUCAUUGUAGUGUUGUUACUUUCUGUACUUGCUUUGAAAAUUAAAGUUAAAUUGAGAUAUUUUACCACAGUACAAGCAACUGAUUGCUUUGUUCUCAUUCUCAGGAGUGGGGAAAACUAGUAUUGCUAGGUCUAUUGCAAGAGCACUCAACAGACAGGUACAUAUUUAAACAAGUCUCAAUGUAAUCCUAAAGAAAUGAUCAUAAAUACUGUAUCUACAUAGGAAUUUACUAUCAUUAUUAUUAUUAUUAUUAUUAUUAUUAUUAUUAAUUUAAGAUUAUUCCUCACUUUAUGAAAUUAAAUAUUAGGUCAUAUUUAUUUCAUUUAAAAUGCCACUAACUAAUCCUAACUUGUCAAAAUUAGACAAUUUUGCACUGGCAUCUUCCAAAUUUAGGGGGAGGAUAUAAUUUUAUUUAGCUUUUUUUUAUUUACCCUGAGUUGCGUAGAACCUGUCUACCUUAUUUGUGAAAACUCUUGUAUCUAAGAUCAAAAUUAAUCAUAUUUUGAGCCUUCAAUUUUGACUAAUGAGGAGGUGAUCCCCAACAAUGCACAUGUACCUCAAUUUAAAAAAAGCAUGUAGAGGAGAGGCUUCACAAAAGUAUCAGGCUUUGAAAACCACAUUUCUCCUACGGAUGAAUUGCGCACUACCACUAGCUGAGGUACUAUGCCAUUUGUUUGGAGACAGGUAAAUCUUAGUGGGUUCUUAGAUCCACGGGAAGGAAUCUGAAAAUUCCAUAGGUUUUGAUAUUUAGCUUAAGUAUUUAUUGUACCCACAGUACUUUAGAUUCAGUGUUGGUGGAAUGACGGAUGUGGCUGAGAUCAAAGGACAUAGGUGGGUUGGUAAAGAAUGUUUGAAAAGGGUGGUUUUCAAUUUAACCAUUUAACUCCCAUGAGUGACCAAAACAGAAUUUCUCCUGACAAUAUCAAUACAAUAUCAACCAGAUUAGUGAUGAGAAUAAAGAAAAUAUAAAUUUCGUGAUAAUGGGUUGAUCCAAAACUAAAUUCUCAGAACUAACAUUAAAAGAAUUGUAUGGUUGACAGUAAGGAGAAUUUCAAUUUUGAUCUGGGAGUUAAGGGACAAGAAUAUCCUUCUGAUUAUUAGUCCUCUUACGUAGCCAAAUGCUGAAAAUUUUGUGAUCAUCGCGGCGUAUGUGGUUCUGUUUUCAUGAUUGUGAUACUCUUUCCUUCCACUGCAUGUGCAAAAUUGACAACUGCACGUACAUUAAUAUUUUGGCUGAAUUGUACGAGAAUAGCAGUUUGGUGAUGAACAUAAACAAUGUUUUUUCCUCUUUUGUUUUGUUUUUCUUUUCAGGCGCACGUAUAUUGGUGCAAUGCCGGGCAAAAUUAUACAGUGUCUUAAAAAGACUAGAACAGAAAACCCUUUGAUACUUAUUGAUGAGGUAUAGUGAAUGUGCACGAGAUAAUGCAAUCCACCAAAAUUUCCUAACUUCAAUUGACAGUACAUGUACCACGCAUUUUAAGGCAGUGUAAGCGGUUCUCUCUGACCUCUGCGGUCCUGAAUCUCUCUCUCACUAUCGUACAUGCGUUUUUGCUUGAUUUCGUUUAUGCUCCGAGAAACCUUAUUCGUGUUUCCCAGCUUUAUUCUCAGAAAGCGUGGUCGUACAUGUACCUCAAUUUUCAUCUCAAGGUGUAUGUGCUGGCCAGAUGGCGAGUUUUUUUUUAGAGGUUUUGCAUGAUACAUUUACUGGGGUACAUUCAUGUAUGUGUAAAUUCAUAUCUUAAACAUGUUAAAAUGAAGUUUUGAUUACGGAGAAUGCACCGUUAAACCUUUGCUUUUUUUCAGGUGGAUAAGAUUGGCCGUGGUGUCCAGGGAGACCCUGCUUCGGCUCUACUUGAACUUCUUGAUCCUGAACAGAACUCGGGUUUCCUCGAUCAUUAUCUGGAUGUGCCGGUGGAUCUUUCCAAGGUAUUAGACAGCUUCAGCUCAGUUUUUUCCACGUAUCUGCAUAUGUACACUCGGCUUAAGUGUAUGAUGCAAAACAAACUAAUUUGUAGGCAUACGGAGCGAUAAACGAACGUGAACGCUAGCGAUUUCGGGCAGGUGAGAAAGAUAAACCCUCCGCACUCGUUCUCGCGCGCCCGUUCACGCACGUCCGCCUCGCGCUUCCUCUUAUAACUACAGAAAAAGGUUUGUAUGGAAACGUGCGAGUUUGUAAAUGGUUCAAGUAUGAAAUGUAAUCAUCGGGGCAAAAAGUUGUAUUUUUUGUUGUUUGCACGCAUCCAAGGCAGUUUGUGAUGAUUUUCGGCGAGUUAUGGCUAUUGUAUGUUGUUGAUUGGGCCGGCCGUGGCGGUGCUCGUGUUUCUGUGGAUGCUCUAGUGGAGAAACAGCUGUAAUUGAUUCUUUAAACUUAUUCUUUCUUUUUUACUUUUUUCCUUAUUUUUUCCUCAGGUUCUGUUUAUAUGCACAGCUAAUAUUACCGACACAAUUCCUGGUGCCUUGAAAGACAGAAUGGAAAUAAUAAACGUAUCUGGAUAUGUAGAAGAUGAGAAAAAAGCAAUUGCCAAGGUUUGUUAUAAUUGUUGUUAUUAUUAUUAUUGUUAUUACCAUUAUUAUUUAUAUCCUACUUGUUUUAUGUUUUUUUUUUCGCUUUUAUUAAAGCGUUACAAAACAGUGCAAUUCUAUGUAACGUAAUCCGAUACGGAAAGAAAAACAACACCUAGCCCACAUGUAGCUGUACCCUUCCCCGAUGGUGAAUCGGGAGCGAGGCCUCGCCUCCGUUUUAUCUUGGCGGCUACACGUAGGCUAAACAACACCAAGAAGAAAUCCCGAUACAACACUAACUAUCUACACGUGCUAUCUUUGUUAGACGUACCUCAUUCCCCAAGCACGAAAGAGUGCAGGUAUAACAGAAGAACAAGUAGCUAUUCGCGAUCCAUCGCUGGCUCUUCUCAUCAAAGCUUAUUGCAGAGAAAGUGGCGUGAGGAACCUUCAAAAACAUAUAGAGAAGGUACUUUCAUGUUACAUACCGGAUGACUUUGUUCUCACUGAUCUUGUUUGAUUCGGCUGAGUCAGUUUGCUUAUUACGACUCACUUCUAUCGCAAAGAGGGGUUUGAUUUAUGCGGACAUAGAGUUGUCAUUCUUAACUUCAAAUCAGUUUGUGAUGUGCCACACAAUCUUGAUGACCAGUGGCACUUCGACCUGAAUUUCUGCAAAUAUUAUACUUUGGCGAUCUUAGCACCAUGUACAUGCACUACACGUGUCACAUUGUCUGCGGCUGAACCCAAUUCAUGAACAAUGUCUGCAUAAGGUCCCUUCAGUUAAGGGGUUCAAUAAACUCGAUCUCUCGUUAGCUACCAUCAAAACUGUGGCCAUUUGAGAGGAUAUUGUCACAAGCCAGAAUGUGAUGUUUCGGGUGAAGUUAAUUAAAAUAGGUGGUUGCUUAGGAGAGUUUGAUAGUAUCCAUCGAUGUAGGCAUGGUCGUCAAUUCAGAUUUCACUUGAUAGGUGUUUUCUUUUAACUCUUUCCCAACAAGAGAUUCAAAUAUAUAUUUUUUUUUAAGUACCGUUAAGUGUUAUAUGAAUGAUUUCCUUUCGUAAUUUCUUAUCACAGAUCUUCCGUAAAGCUGCUUUGAGGAUAGUGCAGGGUACUGAAGAAGAAUUGAGCGUUACAGAGGCGAAUCUCCACGAAUACGUCGGCAAGCCACUGUUUAACAGUGACCGUAUAUAUGAUGAAACCCCACCAGGGGUAGUGAUGGGUCUAGCUUGGACUUCACUCGGUACGUUACCACCCCUCUCUGCUCUUGGAUUAACGAUAUUUUGUUAUUAUCCUGUUUUAAAAGUUGAUUUUCGUAAAUACUGAAUUUCAUUGUCCUUUUAAAAAAUAGAGCUGCACAAGUGUGAUAUGGUAACUAAUCCAUUAUGUUGUAGGUGGUACCACCCUCUACGUGGAAACUUCUUUAAACGAGUCGUCCUCUGGCGAUGACAGCAGAGGUCAACCAUCUCUUGAAGUAACAGGCCAGCUAGGAGAUGUGAUGAAGGAGAGUUCACGUAUAGCGUACACAUUUGCAAAGGUUUGUUUACUGUCUAGAUUAAAAUGCGAAAAUCCCUCUGUUCACGAUUUCCACUUAUUUGUUCCCACUUUUCACUGGUAAAACACAUCUCGUGAUUUCCCUUUCUCACUUCUUGUAAUUCACUCACUUUUGUCUGGUCACCUUGCUUUCGUCCCGCUUUCUAACGCUAGUUUUCCAUGGGUCGCUUUACAGAAUAUUGUGAUAAGAAUGAACUUCAUUGGUGAUAAGCGAUAUUUAAGCAACAAGAUAUCGGUCGAUAUUUACACAUUUUCAUCUUGUAAUCUUUUUCAGCAAUUUUUAUUGAAAGAAGAUGCAGACAAUGAAUUUUUUAGACAUGCUUCUAUUCAUCUUCAUGUUCCAGAGGUAAGUUGUGUGCUCUAGACUUUUCACAGCCACUACACGGAGGAGGAGGAGGAGGAGGAAGGAAGGGGGGGGGAGUACGCUAAUUAUUUGUAUUGUUGUUGUUGUUUUAUUUUUCGUGGGACUUAAGAAACUCUUGAAACUUACCAUAUGGGUCAAAGCCUUUUGAAAAUUUUGAUGGCAAGUAUGCGAGUUUCUUCUGUAUGAACUACUUUAAAAAACAUCUGUCUUACCAAACGAUAAGUGUUAUGCCCCGCAACAAGGUCACAGAUGAUGAGAAACAGGAGGAAACUUUCUACUAUUGUCGAGAAAUCUUUGUUUUGCACGCAUUUCUCUGGUUCCAUGUUACUGCGACAGCUGCAAGGGGACCGGUCUAGAGACUGAAUAACGGUUAAAACCUUUGGUACUCUAUUGUUGAUUGUAGGGAGCCACCCCUAAAGAUGGGCCAUCAGCUGGCUGCACCAUCAUCACUGCGCUCCUGUCUCUGGCCAAAAAUACACCAGUUAGACAGAAUAUAACCAUGACUGGGGAAGUAUCACUCACUGGAAAGGUUUGCUGUGUUCUCUAUUUAAAUUACAGUGCUAUAAGCUGCGACCGUUUUGGUCGCCAAUUGGUAACUAGAAAACAUUUUGGCGAUCAAAAGUACAGUUUAAGUCAAUUAUUUAGCGACUUGUGGGAUUGAUGUCAGUAUCUCAGUAACGAUGCACCUACCCUUCCCCUAACCAAGCAUUACUCCCAACUUGUUGUCAGUGAACUGUUGUCAGCGUAGGGGAGGGGCAGGUGCGCAGAUACUGACAUUGAUCCAAAUGUACGUGCAGGAUCAAUGGAAUGUUCCCUUGACUUGCUUAAAGACGUUGUAGCCUUAACCCCAACAUAACCCUAAAACCUGAAUUGGGUGAAGUUUAAUUUAUAUCGUUCUUUUCUUUCCUAAUCAGGUUCUUCCAGUGGGAGGAAUAAAAGAGAAAACAAUUGCGGUGAGAUAGAAUUUGUCGUUUAUUGUCAGAUGAAUCGUAAUGAGAGUAGCUGACCCUGAGAGUGUGAGAAAUAUGUUUCUGGCGCCAAGUGCCUUUGUUCUGAAAGGUCGUUGAGAUUAUUUCUGUUUCCGUUUCACAAAACUCAAUCGGAAUUCUCGUCAUCUUUAACGUUGAAACAGGCCUAAAAUGUCAGUUUAGUCAUACUUUUCUGAAACUCGAGGAAAAAACUACUGCUCCUUUUACUUACUAUUUUUUUUACAGGCCCGCCGUGCAGAAGUCGACUGUGUCAUUUUACCCGAAGGAAAUCGCAAAGACUUUGCUGAUCUACCGGAAUUUGUCAAAGAAGGACUUGAAGUUCACUUUGUCUCUCAUUACACUGACAUUUAUCGAAUUGCUUUUGAGUCAUGACAUAGGCUGUACUGCGGGCGGAAAAAUGUCAGGGUAGUCUGUGGUGGAAUUUUAAUGUUCAUUGACAUCAUCAGAAGUGAUUCUCUCAACUUCCAUCGAAAAUUGACAGCAGCAUUUGCACCGAGGAAAGCACCACGUGCGUCUGAAUAUCAUGGAAUGUUCAAGUAAAUAUAAAACCCCUUCUCUUUAGAAUGACGUUUUUCUAAGCAUACGACUGAUUCAAAUACAACGAGAGUUGCAAGAUAGACGGUAAGGCUCAAAGCUGCUGGGAUCAGUUCCAUUUAAAAUUAAUUACCUCGAUAACCAAAUAGAAUUGACGCAAACUGGUUCUUCAACACGCUGUGAAGUGUCAUUAUGGGUUUAGUAUAUCAGGGGAAAUCAAUACAAUAAACUGAGAGACAAAUCUUUGACCAAGCACGCGGCUCUACGAUAGAUGAAUAGCGUUUUUGUUGAAGUAGGGUAUAUUGUCUUUGUCUGAGUGAAAGAAAAGCCAUACAUGUAAAUAAAUGUUUAUUAGAAAAGAUUCGAUAGUGAGUUGAGAAAACGAGAAGGAAUUAACACAGACUGCAAAUGACGGGUAUCUGGAGGUUUCGCCCCAUCGGAGCACAAGUUCGUCCUUACCAUCUUUGCAAGUUCGCCUUGUGAACUAAAACAAAUUCACCCUUUCCCCCCCUCCCCAACCUUAAUGUUUUCGCUCUCAAAUGUUUCAUCUCGUUUCCUUACAGCAGAGAGUAGUCUUUUUCUAUCGAGAUCCUAAUAUGUUUUGACCAACAUGCAAUUUUACCCAGGUUUACCGUAACUCGAGAUUAGUGGAAGUUUGUGAGAUUUAGUGUUCACGGUACCAGGACUCCUCGUUAAUGCUCUCUCCGCACUUUGUCGAAAAUGUGUCAUCAAGCAGUAACAUUAAAGUUAUUGACGGAUAACUGUCUUACGAGUCAAUUUAUCAGUGCUUUCAAACUGCUAAUGUUUUCCGCGCCC